AUGGCGAAGUUUAUGAGAUUUAAGAAGCUAAGGAUUGUUAACUACCUUAAUCCGAAGUGGUGGUUCAAAUCAUCCUUUCCUAGAGAUAGCCAGGUUGAAUAUCACCAUGAAGACCAAGAGGAAUAUAGGUUCGAUGAAAACGCGUCAAACUCGAUAACCAAUCAUCUCGAGGAGUGCUUCACUCAGGGAAUGCCCUACAACGGCGAAAAUCCAGGAGAAAGCCGCGAAUACACGUCUACUGGUGAAGGCUGCUCCUUUGAAGAGAAUCGUGGCCUCGUGGAUGGUAAUGUUAAGGCGACCGGUACUUCGCCUGAUGAUGUCGGACAAAGCGAAUUGCAAUAUCAACUGCAGGAUGUAGGAUUAUGUGAUCGUACCAUGCCUAUACGUGAUGAUUCCGGAUCAGUCUCCGAAGUUCCAAAUCAAAAUGAGGAAACAGGACGUGAAGACGCGAUUCCCGUGCGAUCAGAUUUGCCAAUCUCUGACGAUGUGGAUAUGGGUAAUUUCUGA